CUGUCUGCCGUGGAGAAGCUAUUAGAAGAGUGAUACAGCUGCCUUACAGAACCAGAAGCAAAUUCAAGAAACUUGUGGAGUAUUCCUUCUUUCUUUCACAGCUGACUUUGGAAGAAGCGCUUUCUCACCCAGCGGAGUCACACACCAGGAGCCAAAAUGAAAACGAUCAUCCACUCCUUCAUCUGUUGCUGUCUGCUGGCUUCAGUAGCUCACUGUGUGGAGCUUGAGGUGCAUCCUGAGCUGAGAAAAAGAUUGAGCAUGUGGCUAGGGAGCAGAAUGAGACGGGGCGUUGAAGUGGAGAAGAUUGCCGAGUCGGCGACCUUCGUCAGACCGCAGGACAUUAGGGACACCUUGCUGCCACAUUCCAGCACUGACAUCAACAUCCGAACCAAGAGGUCAGGUCCCCAGUCCAGACCGCAGGGUUGCUCACUGGCUACCUGUGCAGUGCACGACUUGGCACACCGCCUGUUUGAGCUCACGAACAACAAGGCAAAGGCCGGGACCGCCCCUGCUACCAAGCUCGGCCCUACGGGAUACGGCCGGAGGCGCAGGUCUCUUCCAGGGCGGCAAGUCACACUGAGGCUGGAGAAGGGCAGGCUGAGACCCGUUUGGAGCACAAAUAUCUCUCAAGUUCACAAGCUGGAGGCUCUCCUCAGGAGGACAUGAGAAGGACUUUGGGAGAGGAGCAGGGAACAAAAGUGAGGGAGUUGCACUCAAGCUUGUGUCCUCUCUGCUGCGUCCCUGAAUUCACAAAAUGCCUCAGACCUCAGACUCUUGCCAAGCAUACUCCAGCACAUUUGUUCCAGGCAUGAGGCAGUCAGACUGGCUGCAGCUGAGCUUCUCUGCAGGCUGAGCCUUGCAGCUCAGCAACACGGGCGGAGGCUGCAGUUGACUGCAGCUGGCUUAAAGACACUGGACGGCACAGUGGGGGAAUGAACUACAGGUGCUGCUCUCUGCCUGGCAGAGAAAAAGGAAGAGUGCAAAUACCUGUCAAAGUGUCAAAGUGAGCACAUCUUCUGGCUUAAAGAGGGAACUUGACACUAACAUUAUAAGACUUUACACAAUUGUUCCUCAAGGUCAAGACUUAUUUUUAAGUGCUAUCCUCAAAGGAUUAUACCACCAUGUCCAAUCUAACUGUUAAAAACUGUCUGCACUUUUUCUUUUGGACUUAGAAAACAAAUCAUCAGGAGAAGAAUUCCUCAUCACUUUGCCAAACAGGCUACAGAGCUCCGACACGAUCAGUUCAUGUUGAGUUUUGGACACUGUAAAAGAGAAGAUGCCUUAGAUCCUGUGCGCUAUAUGUGCCAGUCCAUGAUGGACUGAAAUAUACUUGAAAACUGUUCAAAAAACAUGUGCAAUCAAAUGUUUUAUCUAUUUUUUGAAUAUAUGUAAAUAUGAAUUCCUUUAUUUAAAUAUUAUAUAGAAAUUACAUUAAGUACUUAAAGCUAUUUUUGUACAGGAAGAAUUCUAUAUAUGGGCAUUGUAGCUAUUUGCCAUUAUUCCUUUGCAAACUGGUAUUUUUUUAUAAUGUUUUUUAUAUUUGCAAAUGUGUUAUUUUAUUUGUGCGAAUGCAGUAAUAAUGUCAUUUAUUAAACCUUUUGCAUAAAAACCUGAA